GCAAUGUGGCGUUUGAUGAGCUAAAAGCUGAAGAAAUACUGCGAUUGAACGAUUUCUAAGUGUAGGCGAGAUGUGCUUAUAUGUGCAGUAUAUAGGAGUUCUAUAGCCUUGAUAGUUCCUAUGGGAUGUCCUUAGCUUGGGUAGUUCAUUCAUGUCUGAUGGGACAGAAGGAGAACUAGAAGGUCUACUUCCUCUGGAGGUGACACAAUCACAUGGACUGCAGGCAGCAUUACAGGGAAGCGCAGGGAUAUCAUGGUGUCUGCUUUAUAGUGCACUUGUUAUAGUCUGAUUGAAUAUUUUAUAUUGAUAACCAUCUAAGGUGGAGUAAGACUUUACUGAACUCAUCACUCCAAACACUGCAAGUCCGUGAGCUAAAGAGUGAGUAGUAUCUAGCAGGUCUUCACAGUUUUCAAAGGCAACCCUUGCAGGUCUGUUUCUGGCAAUUUCAUCUUAGGUGUGUGCAUUACUCGUCGUUUUUGAUGUAGAGAAUUGUAACAGAAUGACUGAUUAUGGGUCAUAAAACUUUUAAACACCUUAUGGUUUGAGCUGAAGAAUGAGCAAUAUUUAGGAAGUCUUCAGAAUUUAUAAUGGCAACCUUGAUAUGCCGAUCUACGUCAUGCUGGAACUUGCUGGUUAGCCAGAGAAUGGUAGUUUGUACCACAGCUGGCAGUGCAGUGGCUGCUUGUCGCGGUGUUCAGGCUACCAGAAGAGUGUUCGCUCAUCAAGAUGCAACUGCAAAGUCAGUUCAUGGAGAGAAAAAUCAAAACCUUGUACUCAAGGCUCCAAAAGGAACACAUGAUGUUCACCCAAAACAAAUGGCAAUUCGUGAGAAGGUAUUCAACAUAGUAGUGAAAUGUUUCAAACGCCAUGGAGCAGAAAGUAUUGACACACCAGUAUUUGAGCUGAAGGAAAUACUGACAGGGAAAUAUGGAGAAGAUGCAAAACUUAUCUAUGACCUAGAAGACCAAGGAGGGGAGAAGCUGUCCCUGCGUUAUGAUCUUACUGUGCCUUUUACUCGCUAUCUGGCUAUGAAUAAAAUUAGCCAUAUCAAACGCUACCAGAUUGCUAAAGUUUACAGACGUGACAAUCCAGCCCUGGGGCGCUACAGGGAGUUUUAUCAGUGUGACUUUGACAUUGCUGGACACUACGACCCCAUGAUCCCCGAUGCCGAGUGUCUGAAGAUUAUGUAUGAGAUCCUCAGUGAGCUGGAACUGGGAGAUUUUCUCAUUAAGGUAAAUGAUCGAAGACUUUUGUCCGGAAUUCUAACUGUUUGCGGUAUCCCAGAAUCCAAGCUCAAAACUGUGUGCACCUCCAUCGACAAGCUGGACAAGGUUCCUUGGGACAAGGUCAGGAGUGAAAUGAUUGAAGAGAAAGAGAUGAGACCUGAGAUCGUAGACCGGCUGGGUGAAUUCAUCAAACUAAACGGUGAUCUGGCCCUGAUACAGCAACUAAGUGAAAACCCUCUGGUGUCACAGAACAUGCUGGCUAUGGAAGCUUUGAAUGACUUGAAAUUGCUGCACCGAUACUUGGAAAUCUUUGGAGUGACAGACAAGAUUGUUUUUGACAUCAGUUUGGCUCGAGGGUUAGAUUAUUACACCGGAGUAAUAUACGAAGCCGUGCUGCUCAGUGACAAAACUUUACAGAAUCGGUCAAUUGGCAUUGGCAGCGUGGCAGCUGGGGGUCGUUAUGAUGAACUGGUGGGCAAGUUUGAUGCUAAAGGCAGAAAAGUACCUUGCGUGGGAAUCAGCAUUGGUAUAGAGAGGAUCUUUUCUAUAGCAGAGAAAAAAGCAGAGGAGUCAGGUGAGAAAAUCAGAACUACUGAAACCCAAGUACUGGUGGCAACAGCUCAAGCAAUGCACCUAGAGGAGAAAAUGAAACUUCUUACUAUGUUGUGGAAUUUCGGGAUUAAAGCGGAAAUGCUGUACAAGAAGAAUCCUAAAUUACUCACACAGCUACACUAUUGUGAGAGUGCAGGGAUUCCCUUGGUGGCCAUCAUUGGGGAUCAGGAAAUAAAAGAUGGCGUGGUCAGGCUAAGAGAUGUGGCAACUCGGGAGGAGGUUGAAGUUUCCAAGGAACACCUAGCAGAAGAAAUAAAAAAGAGGACAAGUUAGUCAAGAAUGUUUAAACGCAAAACUCAUCCCAAUGGCUUUUACAAACGAGGCUACAGGGCAGAAAAUAACUGAAAAAGGAGACUUUGUAAAUAUGUGAGGUGCUAGUUUUUUUAUUAAAUGUAUUGAACUUGUUUAUAAAACUAUGAAUAAAACCGAUCCAUUAUGCUGUU